AUGGUAAGCGCAAGCGCAAUGCGUGUUGUGCAACCCACAAUCCUCUCUACUUUUGUGGGUAACCGCUUGCUUCAGUCAGCGCAGCCUCUUCACCAACUCUUCAGCUACAACCCAGUCCCAGUUGCCACUGACCUUGACUACGCUAAAAUCCCUAAGGAGUUGAGAGUAUGGCGCGCUCAUCGAGCAAUCUCAAUCUUGUCCACAACCAAUAGCAAAGCCCCCUCUCCUUCUGAACUCAGUGUUUACCUACAACUAUGCAGCAAUUCGAAGUCUCUAAAUCAAGGAAAGCAUGCUCAUCAAAAGAUAAUCCAAUGUGGGUUGGAUCAAAACCCAUUCAUAGUCACCAAAUUAGUCCAAAUGUAUGCUGAUUGUGAUGAUUUGGUGUCUUCCCGGAAGUUGUUUGACAACUUGUUAAAACCAAAUGUCUUUGCUUGGACCGCAAUCCUGGGAUUCUAUUCGAGGCACGGAAUGCAUGAAGAAUGUGUAGAAGCAUAUGUUGAAAUGAUUUUGAAUGAUGUUUUGCCUGAUGGGUAUGUGUUUCCUAAGGUCUUAAGGGCAUGUGCACAGUUGUCGUGCUUGAAAGUGGGAAUUGUGGUUCACAAAGAUGUGAUUAUAUGUGGGUUUGAGCUUAAUCUUCAAGUUUGCAAUUCGUUGAUAGAUAUGUAUUCGAAAUGUGAUAAUAUUGGGAGUGCUAAAAGGGUUUUUGAUGAGAUGGCGGGAAGAGAUUUGUGGUCAUGGAAUUCAAUGAUCUCAGGAUACGUAUGUAAUGGGUUGCUUGGAUUGGCAGUAGAACUAUUUGAUUGUAUGAAUUUGGGUGGUUGCGAGCCUGAUAUUGUCACUUUGAAUACAGUAAUGGAUGCUUAUUGCCGAAUGGGGCACUGUAACAAGGCUAAGAGAAUCUUUGAACAGAUUAAGGCGCCUAAUAUAAUUUCAUGGACCACCUUGAUAUCAGGAUAUUCAAGGAUUGGGAGUCAUGAAGCAUCCUUGAGGAUUUUCAGGGAUAUGAUAGGAAGCAGCAUGGUUGACCCUGAUUUGGAUUCUCUUUCUACUGUCCUUGUCUCCUGUCGGCAUCUGGGGUCUUUGCUAAAUGGAAAAGAAAUCCACGGUUAUGGGAUAAAAAGGGAAUCUGGCAUUACAUUUUACCACUCAGCUGGCCCUGCAUUGUUGACAAUGUACGCCAACUGCCGUAGAAUUCAUGAUGCUACAAAUGUUUUUAAAUUAAUGGACCCAGCCCAUGUUGUUUCUUGGAAUGCCAUGAUCCUUGGCUUUAUUGAUUUAGGACUGGAGGAUUUGGCACUUGACAGUUUCAGAAGAAUGCAAAGAGCACGCAUCAACGUUGACCAAACGACAAUAUCCACUAUCUUGCCAGCGUGCAAUUUGAAAUUUGGAAAACAAAUUCAUGCCUUCAUUAGGAAAAUUAGUUUUGAUUUGGUUGUUCCGGUGUGGAAUGCACUGAUCCACAUGUACUCUAAAUGUGGAUGCAUUGGGUCUGCAUACUCUGUAUUUUCCAACAUGAUCAAUAGGGAUUUAGUGUCAUGGAACUCAAUGAUUGGAGGCUUUGGAAUGCAUGGGCAUGGAAGAGCUGCUCUUCACCUUCUCAAAGAGAUGAAUCAUUCAGGGAUUUGCCCCAAUUCUGUAACUUUUACUUCUGUUUUGUCAGCUUGUAGUCACGCAGGUCUUGUGGAUGAGGGCCUUCAAGUCUUUCACAGUAUGAUGAAGGAGUACGGCGUCAUCCCCAGCAUGGAACAUUAUGCUUGCAUUGUUGACAUGCUGGCACGUGAUGGUCAACUUGAAGAUGCAGUUAGUUUUAUUCAUAGGAUGCCUUUGGAGCCUGAUAAGUGUAUUUGGGGAGCUCUGUUAGCUGCCUGCCGAGCCCAUCAAAAUGUUAAUGUUGCAAAGCUUGCUGCUGAACAAUUAGUCCAGUUGGAACCGGGAAAUGCUGGGCACUAUGUCACCCUGUCAAAUAUAUAUGCAAGAGCUGGAAGAUGGGAUGAAGCUGUACAAGUGAGAAAGCAAAUGGAAGCCCAAGGAUCGGGGUCAGAAGCCAAACCAUGUAAGAGCGAGAGAAUGGUAAGUGCAAGCGCAAUGUGUGUUGUGCAACCCAAAAUCCUCUCCUCUCUUAUGGGAAACUGCCUCCGUCAGUCAAAGCAGCCUGUUCACCAACUCUUCCGCUACAACCCUGGUCCUGGAAGCAAGCAUGUUUCAAUGCAGUUAUCCAAAAGAUUUUCUGGCUUGACCAACCUCUUGUUCAAUGGAAGCAGAAAUGCAGAUAAAGUUCUAAACACCAAGCGCAAACGUCUAAGGCCUGGAAAAAUUUCACCUCAUCGCCCUGUUCCAGAUCAUAUACCAAAGCCUCCUUAUGUCAAAUCUAAAAAACCUCCUGGAAUUGCGAGUGGACCUGAAGUGCAUGAUGAGAAGGGGAUAGAAUGCAUGAGAGCCUCCGGAAGGCUUGCAGCACAGGUUCUAGAAUUUGCUGGGACUUUGGUCAAGCCAGGCAUAAAGACAGAUGAAAUUGACCAAGCUGUUCACCAAAUGAUAAUUGAUAAUGGUGCCUACCCGUCACCUCUUGGCUAUGGUGGUUUUCCAAAGAGUGUCUGCACAUCAGUGAACGAAUGUAUUUGCCAUGGAAUACCAGAUUCCCGAGCACUUGAGGAUGGUGAUAUAAUUAACAUUGAUGUUACGGUCUAUUUAAAUGGAUAUCAUGGUGAUACAUCAGCAACUUUCUUUUGUGGAGAUGUUGAUGAUGAGGGCAGAAAGUUAGUUCAGGUAACUAAAGAAUGCCUCGACAAGGCAAUCUCAAUAUGUGCCCCUGGCGUGGAGCUUAAGAAAAUUGGAAAAACAAUCCAGGAGCAUGCAGAUAAAUAUCGUUAUGGUGUUGUUCGACAGUUCGUUGGGCAUGGGGUUGGACGUGUCUUUCAUGCCGAUCCAGUUGUUCUACACUUCAGGAACAAUGAAACCGGCCGCAUGGUGGUAAACCAAACCUUCACAAUAGAACCGAUGCUGACACUAGGCAGCUUUAAUCCCGUAAUGUGGGACGAUAAUUGGACAGUAGUCACGGAAGAUGGAAGCUUGUCAGCACAGUUUGAACAUACCAUUUUAAUAACCGAAGACGGGGCUGAGAUACUAACUCGGUGUUAG